UUUUGAACAAAGUAAUGUGUACAGGAUGGCUGCUGAAUCAAACUGCAAUGUUUGCGUCGUUCUUCCAGCCAGUGGUAGCGGCCACAGAAUGUGCAUCUCGACACCGAAGCAGUAUUGCAAAAUUUUAGACAAGCCACUACUUUUAUUUUCAAUUGAAGCAUUUCAUAAACUGAAGUGGGUGAAACGGAUUGUAGUCACAGUGGACAAGAGCCAUCAUGAAUUCGUAACAGGCUUGAUGAGAGAGCACAGCCUUGAUAAAGUAUCAGUUGUCACUGGAGGAGUAACGCGCCAUAGGUCUAUCUACGCAGGAAUAAAAGCUCUCGCUAACUUUUGUUUGCCGUCAGAUGUUGUACUUCUACACGAUGCUGUGCGUCCAUUAGCUGAAGCUGAUGUCAUCAAGGAUGUGACUGUAGCAGCCAAGAAACACGGUGCUGCAGGCGUAGUACGACCUUUGGUUUCCACAGUGAUAUCUGUUGAUGAGGAUGGUUACCUGAAGGAGUCACUUGACAGAAGCCGCUAUAGAGCUAGCGAAAUGCCUCAGGGAUUCCAGUAUCAGGUGAUCAAAUCUGCUUAUGAGAAGUGUACAGAUUAUGAUUUGGACUAUGGCACAGAAUGUCUCCAUCUAGCUCAGAUGUACACGGGAACAAAAUCCAGAAUUCUGGCUGGACCUGAUACACUGUGGAAGGUAACUCAGAGAAAAGACUUGUAUGCUGCAGAAGGAGUCCUCAAAGAGAGGAUAACUCAUACUGCUGUAGUGGGGUGUUCGGAUAAGAGUCUCAUUAGUGAACUUUCCAACCACUUCUCUGAGAAUUUUAUGCAGAUAUCUUUUGCAAAGACUCUAGCCAAUGUAUCUGUCUGUGCCACAGAUGUUGUUCACUUUCAAAAUGUGUCAGAUGAAAGUUGCUGUAAGGGGUUGAUGUUACCUGUACCUGAAAUUAUGUCGCAUCUGAGAUCAAUCAAUACCUCAUCUCUGAUGCUCACACCUGUCUUAGUUCAUGUGAACAUGUAUGGAGAAGAGUUUGAUGUGUAUGAACAACAAACCAACCUCCAGAAACAGCUGGCCACAGUUAUAAAUGAGUGUACAGAAAAUAUGUACCUAAGCGCUGUUAUAGCCAAGGUGAGUGGUGAUCAGCAUAGACUGUGUGAGUUACUGAAGGUUAUGAUACGAGAGAGAAGCUGGGCACUGUCUGGCCAAGUGAUGGUCACAUGACAGUCACAUGAUGUAGGUAACCAUGGAAAUCUUAUGACAGAGCUCAACCUACCAGAGCUAAGGAAGCAUCCUACCGAAACUGCCCUGUUAUUCAAUCUUCCAUCUUAAAUACUCAUUUAUCAGUUCAGCAACAGUUUUUGCAAGUUGUUGUAGUUUAUCUGACUUUGGACAUUUUAGAUAUUUUAAGAAACCUUCUAUUUAUGGUUUUGUCUAUUCUCAAGGCUCACUUACAUUGAGAAUAUGUCAGUUUAUGAUGUAAUAAUACAAGGCACUCCUAGUUCAGUGCCAUUAAUACAGCUUUCUCCACGUGAGCUGUAUACAUGUUGUUCAAGCACCUGAUCAUCAGUAGAAGAUAUUUAGGAUGCUGGCGGUUAAUUUAAAACGCCAGUGUUGCCAGGUCGUAUUGGGAUGAAUCAUGAAACAAUAACGGCAAAUAGCAUCACGCAAUUGACUAAGCUAGCAAGCUUGGUGGUUCUACAUAAUCAUAUACAGCCUGUAACACUCCCAAACGUUCAGUGAGAAUAAAUUUUUCUGGCCAUGCAAAGGACGUGCUAAAAAAACAAGAGAUGUUUUCCUUUUACAAAAUGUUUGCUUAAUCCACGUUUUCUAUCUAUUUUUUCAACUUUUUUUUCAUUAACCCGUAAGCUAUGUAUAAUUUCGCUGUUUUCGUCUUACAAGAAGUAAUGCAUGUACAUCCUAACUACAGGAGUCCAGCUUACUGACCAUUUAAAGUGUUCAUCCAAACCUACAGGAUUUUCGGGGAUAUAUAGGAUCAGGGUUCAUGGAGUGAAUACUGCUACAAGACGUGGCCUGAUCAGAAGCAUGUUUGAUUUAAAGAGCACAGUUUUUAUCAGACAACAAUAAAAUAGUGCUAUAGGGAUGACUUUUCUGAGAAAUACAACGAGGCAAGUAUUAAUUGGUGUAUGUAUCACCAAAAUGAUAGGAUCUGAUGUCUGCAGUUUGAUUAUAGGAAUUGGCAGCAAUAGUUAAAUAUUAUGAUGAAUGUGGAUCUGGAAAAAUGUUAAAAGAAUGCUGAAUCUAGGCAUGUUGUGGGGCAGCCAUUAUUUUAGUGGUGUUGACGAAGACAUCAACUGAGAAUUAAUGAAAGAAUGAUCAUGAAUUACUCGUGCUUAUCUUUACAUAAUUUUUAUGUGUUGAACAGAUUUAUAAACUCUUGAAGUGUAUGUUUCUGACAUCCUCUUUAUUUUGGGAUUUCAGCAUUUAUGUACAUGUAUUUCUCCUUCAAUACCAUUGACAUCGUUAUCUUCCAUGUUGUCAUUCUUAGUCACUGUUUUGUAAAGUUUGCAUUGACAUAGUUUUCCUGACUUUGACACAUUAAAGUCUAUUUUAUUAGUAUGAACAGCUAAGUCAAACUUAAUGUAUUUCAUACUCAGUUGUUCAAAGUUGCAUGAACAGUUAAGCCAGACUUAAUGUAUUUCAUACUCAGUUGUUCAAAGUUGCAUGAGCAGUUAAGCCAGACUUAAUGUAUUUCAUACUCAGGUGUUCAAAGUUGCAUGAGCAGUUAAGCCAGACUUAAUGUAUUUCAUACUCAGUUGUUCACAGUUGUAUGGACAGCUAGGUCAGAUGUAAUGUAUUUCAUACUCAGUUGUUCCCAGUUGUAUGAACAAGUGAGUCAGACUUAAUGUAUUUCAUACUCCAUUGUCAUAGUUGUAUGAGCAGUUAGGUCAGACCUAAGGAUCAUAUGUGACAGCUCAACUUAGGUCCAUCCACAUAUAAUGCUGGGCUUAAUACUUAAUAGGGGGCCUCCAUGGCCGAAGAAGGGGUUAGCAUAUGACCCAAGAGAUUCUCACCAAUGCGGUCACCGUGAGUUCAAGUCCGGCUCUUGCUGACUUCCUCUCUGGCUGUACGUGGGAAGGUCUGCCAGCAACCCGUACAACUCUGUCUGGUUUCCUCCCCUCAUAAUACUGGCUGUCGUCAUA